GGCUCGUGCUUUGAACAACCACAAACGGCCCUUCUCUAGUGAGAAAGUUUGAAAUUCAGCUGCUCUUAGGAAAGAAUUGUGUGGGGAUUCAUCCGGUGGUGCUCGGAUACAUGGAAAAGAUAAAUGACAGCGAGAGUCACCCAAGCAGCAGCCACCAAACCUUGAAAGGAACCUCAAAAUGGGCUACGUCACUGGAGAACCUCCUCGAGGAUCCGGAAGGAGUGAAACGCUUUAGGGAAUUUCUAAAGAAAGAAUUUAGCGAAGAAAAUGUUUUGUUCUGGCUGGCAUGUGAAGAAUUUAAGAAAACACAGGGAAAAAAGCAGAUGCAAGAAAAAGCUAAAGACAUUUACAUGACUUUCCUGUCCAGCAAAGCUUCCUCCCAAGUCAAUGUUGAAGGGCAAUCCCGCUUGAACGAGACCAUUUUGGAGACUCCUCACCCUCUCAUGUUUCAGAAGCUCCAGGACCAGAUAUUCAAUCUCAUGAAAUACGACAGCUACAGCCGCUUCUUAAAGUCAGACAUAUUCCUAAACCAGAAGAAGUCCGAGGAGCAAGAGGAGAAUUCACCAGAGGCUCAGACUGCAGCGAAAAGAGCAUCGAGGAUUUACAACACCUGAUAGGAUCAGUCCCUUCAGGAGAGGCAAUACAAUAGGGAAAUUACACUCAGGAACAGUCUAGGUUUAUAGCAGUUGCAUUUAGGGCUUGGAAAGGUCAAAACCUUUUUUAGGAGAUACUUACCUUCUUAAUUGCUUGAACGACUAAUUGUUUUUGCAUGAUAGCUAACAACUAAGCACCCACGGAGAGACUGUUCCUAGCUAGAAGGCUGAGGUAUUCCUCCAUAGCAUGAACUGUAUUUCAGAUUUUACAAGUUAAAAUGCUUUCAGUUUGUUUUAUUUUCUUUGGUAAGACAUUAUGAUGAUGAGAAAUGGGAGAUGGGAUGGUGGGAUUUUUAUUUCUGCCUUGUAAUUUUCAUUUGUGGCCCUUUUUGACAUCCUGACUUGCCGGGAGAAGCUAUUGAGGAGUACAUUUCGCUUUAGUUUGUGGAUGAGUCAUUCGUAGCAAACUUAAUCGUGAGGGAACAACAUCUUUCAGAGUUAAGCUCAACAGAAUGAAGUCCCUUCCUAUAUAACUUUGUUCUUUCCGGGUGAUACCUGUUUUGCUGUGCCUUUAUUGUUGAAUCAAAGCACUUCUAAUCAUGAUUUUAAUUUCUGUAGUUCUUAAACAUCCUUCAUGUAUUUGCAGUAAGCAAUCAACUCCUUCUGAGGAUGGAAAGACCUUUAUUCCUUUGGGAACAAAAUCUCUCGGAGAGAUUCUCUGAGGAGCUUCUAACAGCCCUCAGGAACAUGGCAGGCGAUUCCCACUCUGAGCCCAGUGAUUUCAGCGAAGCCAGACCAGGGCGUGUCCUGUGUGUUAGCGUAACAUCAGAUGCCGGUGUUGGGAACCAUCUGGUCCCUCCUAGCUCUCCUCAGCAAUCCUGCUCUGUGCGUCAAAAAUACUUUGGCACAGGACCAACCAUCAAAGUCUGGCUUUGUUUCACUAAAAUCCUUCCUGUAAAAUCACCCUGCCUAGCUUUGUUUGCCCUGGAGGAGCAUUUCAGGGUUUCCUAAUCAUAAUGCUGAUGGCUGCAGUGGAAUGGGGGGGUUGACAUUGUGGCUCAGCCAUUCUCACGUUAAGCUUGAGAGGAAGGGGAAUCCAUUUCCGUCCAGAGCAAUCAAAGAUGAAAUGUCAGUGGUACAUGAAGAAGCUCCUGAUGAGCCUGCCAUGUUGUCCUGGGACGGUAGCAGAGCUGAAAAGUACAUUUUGGCGUACAGUUUUUCAUGUGAUUGUGUAUUUUUUAAUUAAUUCACUGCAGCAUUACUAAAUUGCUGUUUUAAGUUGGGAAAGCGUAUUCGCUACAUUGAGGAGCCCUAUUGAGGAGCUUCGCUGUGUGUAGUUUAGCUAUUUCACAUUCUCUCAUUAUUUACUCUUUCCUUUUCUGCACUGCUUUUCUUGAACUUGUCUUCGCGUGCUGGCUAAUCUGAAUGCACAGUUAGCUUUUCAUCAUUUUAGAGUUCUUUUUUGGUUGGAAAGCUCAGAUAUGUUUUAUGUAUUACUAUUGCUAGCAACGUUUUAAAACUAAAUCUAGGUUUUAAUUUUUGAGGACGCAAACUUACUUGGUAGAUUCGAUUAUUUCUUUUAACUCUGAGCCACUCUUGCAGGUAACACAGAAAGAAAAUGGUUUCCAUGGGCUCUUCCCUACUUAAAUGUAAGAGGGAAUGGGAGUUCUGGUUCUUCCCCCAGUGCUAAGUGGCCUGUUCAUUUUUAGGAAUCAGAGAAUCAUGGUUUGAGUCGGAAGGGACCUUAGAGAUCGUCUAAUUCCACCCCCCCUGCCAUGGGCAGGGACACCUCCCACUGGAUCAGGGUGCUCAGUUGAAGAAGGAAAUUAAAGAAGAGGUCAGUGCCUCCGUAUGUGUUUUAAGAUGUAGUUCUUAUGCACUGAAUUCAUUUUCCUUUCAUGCUCUUGAAAGGUCUAAUGAAGUCAUACCCUUGCUUCAGGCACUUUCAGUGGUGUUUGACCUCAUGCUGAAGUUGUAUUUCAGUGUUUUCCUGAAUAGGGAUGAAGUGAGCACAUGCAUGAAUCCUUUUGUUGCCACGGGGCCCAGGAAAUGGGACUGUCCUGUUCUGGACUUGCCGGGUCUUUGUGAUAUCAGGAUUACCUCUUUUGAACAGUCACUGUAAUAACGAACGCUUAACGCUUGCCGUAGCAAAGGAUGGAACUUCUGGUACCACUGGAGUCCUUGGGAGCAGGCUGCUUAAACGCAUUCGGGAGUUGGGAUUUGUCUCUUCCCAUUUAGUGAUGCGGAAGAAUGCAGGAUGGGAACUUUCCUGGGGAAGUGCAGGAUGACCUCUUACCACAUCCGUCACGUGGAUGUGCAGUAGAUUCAUUUUUAAUCAUUGAUUUUUAAAAAGGCACGAGUAAGGGAGGACAGUCUUCGAAAAUAAUAAUAAUAAAACCAGAAGCUGCCUGGACAACGGUAGGGCGUUAAAGAGAGACAAUACUCAUUUUGUAGCUGCUUAUAGACCCUGUUUUCCUUGGAAAUAUGGUCUCUAUCAGGUACUAUAUUGUUCGCUUUUUAAGACCAAAUGCCCCACAGGAGUAGACACAAAGGUGUUUUGCAUUGCUGCCAACCAAAACUUACUCACAAGGAAGUGCGUCUUUUAGCAGCGUCUCAGUGUCUGUGGUGUUUAUUUCAAUACCUGUGAUGUUUCUAAGGUAAUAUACCUAAAUCCACAAAAUUCUUCAUCUUUGAGUUGCUCUUUUGUCUCGGCAGUAGAAAGUUCCUUGCUCCAUUGUUUGUCUCGUUUGUGGAGUCUGCUGUUGGUUGGUUCUUUAGAAGACAACCAGCAACCAGACCUGCAAGGAGCAGAAAUUAAGGCAUUUUUAUUCAUUAUAUCAUCUUUAUUUUCCAGUUAAAGAGCAAAAUAGAACCAUGGAAGCAGAUGGCUGUAAUUGCAUCAGGUGUAUCUGUGGAGAAGGUUAUUUUGCUUCUGUCUGUGCUGUCACUGAUCAAACUUACUUUGUGUAAUACGUGGUAUUUUCUCUAUGUAGCAUAAAACAAAUCGGGCAGAAAAAGAACUGAGUUUCCCUGUAAGUGAAUCCUGCAUUCCUGGAACAACUGUAAGCAUCACAUCGAGCCUCAGGCUGUAAGUGGGUACUUGGAGUUGCUUCAUAGACAGAUUUAAGACAGGAUCUACUCCUUUUAGUAGGACUUACGCCAAAGGUAUGAACACAGAAAGCAAACAAGAGAAGUUUGAUGCCUGACUGCAUGCCUUGAACUCUACCAUAUUGUGUAUUUUUCUCAGCUAAAAAUUAAAAUGUUCUCCAAAUACA